AUGCCUUCUCUUGGUAUAGCUUAUCUGAAUAGACUCCGGAAACCCGCGCUUGUUGAUAUCGCCGAGAAAACCGACCUGCAGGAUUACGGGGAAUACACUAAGCCUGAACUUAUCAACGCUCUGGAUGACCACCUCAUUCAGUGUCAAGAAAUAUUCUCUAAUGACGAGGCGCUCAGCGAAUUCUACCGUCGCUUGACGACUCCAGGGCGGGGUGGAUCACCAGUGAAGCGCGAACCUCGUUCCACAGCCUCUCCAUUUACUGAGAAGAAGACACCCGGUCGGCGAUCGAUUAAGCAAAAGGAAGAAGAGAUUCAAGAGAAAGAGAAGUCUGAAUCUAGUGAAUCCGACGAGCCUGAUAAUGUAACUACUAUUAAGACCCCCAUCUCGUCACUGCGCACAAGUGCGCGCUCCAUCAUCGAGUCAGCAUCGGCGCAGUUGCCACCCUCUCCCGCGGUAGUGACCGACGCCAUUGACCGACAGACCACCAAGAUGCGCGAAGGCCUUGCAGAUGCGUGGUUGGCAUCUGGUGUUCUAGAGUGCUCGCACUCACUGCGCUCAACCCUUAGUAGUGUCAAAGUUGUCGAGACCAUCAUUACUCUUGUGGAACUCGGUAGCCUUCUCAAGGAACUCGUCCCAUUCCGCUAUCUCCUCACCACCCCCGAGGUUUCCGCUAUCCACCUGCCCGCCAUUCCCAUCAAGGUUCCAGACGUUUUUGUGCUCCUGACUAGUGUCUUCUGGGCACCUCUCCUCGUGUGGGCGCUCACCAGCCUGAUCCUCCCUCUUCUUGCGGCUUAUUUCAUCAACAUUAGCUUGCAGGCUACUGGUGGACUCCGUCCUACCUCAUCGCGCGCCAGCUUUGAUCCACUCAGUUUCAACAUUGCCAAGGCGCUAUUGGUGUACAAAGUCUACGCUGAUCAUUUUAGCUACUUCGAUCUAUUCAGCAGCUACAGCAUUCGCAAAGUCAGAUUUUCCGUGCCUGGCCAGUGGCAGGGUAUGCUUACCGGGACCGCCAUCGGUGUUAUUGGCACUCUUUACGAGGCCAUCUUGCGCCGCUCGUAA